AAUGCACCGUGCCAAGUGCACCGCUCCCUACAACUGUUGUGUCUGCUGAACGUGCCCAUUAUCGAAUAAUCGAGAAGAAUUUCCAGUUGCUUGCGUUUAUGUAAAAUAAUAUUAUUUGUCGGAUGUUUAAGGCUGGAUAUUGAGAAAGAAAGAGAGAAUAAGAGAAUAUUAGAUAUUUGAUCGUUUAGCGAAUAAUUUGUUAAAAAGUUUAUAAUCAUAAUAAUCUAUCGUGGAAGGUGACUUAUUAAAAAUAUGUACAUUCGUUAUUUAAACAAUUGGUUUUAAUCGCUUAGGAAAUAAUAAACGUGUCAAUUGCGAAGCUCUUGUGUCCCCGACUCAGCUACCAUACUUGAUGACGUCAGGAAACAGUUCAUAUGUGCUGUUGUAACAUACGCUCCAAUAGGACUGGCAAGACUAACAAGAGAGAACUUUGUAAACAACUAAGAUGAAUAGUCCAAAUAGAAGCUACAAGUAUGUCAAGCCAAAAACUGGCAGAAAUUUAGUACCUGGAUUUUCUUCGAAUUCUAAAAUAUUUCCUAAAGCACCAAUUGAAAGUACACAUAUAGAACCUCAGUCACUUACUGCAAAUGUUUAUAUUAACCCAAAUUUUAAGCUGCAAAAUCCAGCAAUGCAUAUCAAUCCAAAAAUUCAUCCUAAGCCUUCGAUACACGUUAAUCCAAAAAUGGUUCAUGAUAUUGCCAGUUCAAAUCAAAAUUUACAAAGUAACGCAGUGGGUACAAUGAAGAUAAAUACUAAUAGUAAUAUUACACAAACAAAUAUCAAAAGAUCUAUAUAUGUUAAUCCAACAUUACUAAAGGGUUUGUCUUCUUCCGAUUUUAAUUUUAAUGAGGUACAUAGAAGAGAGCUACCUACUUGCUCAAAGAUGUCCGUUAAAAAUAUGUAUUAUCGGAAAGUUACUCCAAAAAAAACUGUUUGCGACCCUAGCGUUGUGCUCUUAUCGCGCAGCAAGCUUGUUAGAAUAACUGACGCUACAAAUAAGUCAUCAGGAAUUUCUACAGCAUCCCAAUAUAGGUUACGAAAACCUACAAGUUUAACAGAGAAAAAACCUGGUACUAUCACGCAAAAGAUCGUAAAAGCUACAUCUUUAGUGAAUAAUGCAUUGCAACGAACAGACAUGAGGCAUAAUAUACCAAAAUUAGAUAUUGAUAAAUCUAAAGUGACUAAAUAUAAAAUAGAUAGGACUAUAUUACAUGCACCGAGAAUUAAGAGAGAUCAGAGUCCUGUGAAAAGAAGUAAAGUUAUAAACAACACAGUAGGAUUGGUUACGAUCGGCGGUAUCGUAUAUAGAUCUUCCAAAAAUAGAUUAAUCCGAAGAAGCUGCUUGUUGAAACGAAAACGAUCGACAAAUGGAGACGACGAUAAACUUAUUGCUACUAAAAAGCCACGAAACAACAAAGAAAUUCUGAAUUGUACAUUAGAAAUGAACACUACUGGUAAAACAAGACGUGUUUCCUAUAUAUCACCCAAAACUAUUCAUAAAAAUAAUAUCAGCAACAAAGUGAAGCAGAGAAGCAUUCAAAUUUUACGAAAUAAAAUGCGCAAGAAUAAUCAGCCCUGUUUGAUUUUUCAACGAUUUGGGUAUUGCCAAAAUUACAAGAAUGGAGUGUGCCCCAAACAACACGAUAAGAAACAAGUGUCAAUUUGCAAAAAAUUUUUGCAGGGAAAAUGUCUUUUAAACAAAUGCCCAUUAUCGCACGACGUCGGACCUGAAAAAAUGCCUACAUGCAAAUAUUUUCUUGAUGGUUGCUGUACGAGAGACGCCUGUCCAUACCUUCAUGUUAAAGUAUCUUCGAAUACUUCAAUUUGCAUAGACUUCUUACAAGGAUAUUGUGCCAAGGGAAACGAGUGCCAGCGACGUCACGAAUACCUGUGUCCUGAGUUCGAUAAGACGGGGAACUGUAGCAAAGGUAAGUACUGCGCUUAUCCUCAUAAAUCACAUUCAUCUAAUGUCGAGGAUAAUACUAAAUAUUUGACCAAAAGUAUGCGCGAUGUAAAAAAAUAUCAAACUACAUCCGUUGCUAAAGUCGAUAUCGAGACCUCAAAUCUGGAAUGUAGAUUGAGAUAUUACGAAACAACUGAUAAUUCUACCGACUCUCUCGAAAAGAAGAAAGAAAAUAUUUUAAAGGAGCUGCAAAUUAUGAAAACUACCUUAAGUAAUGCUCUGACUAGCGAUGUGGCGAGUCAGACGCAAAUUAACAAAACGAACGAGUCUAUGAUCAAAGAAGACGAAUGUAAAACAAUGACUAAUAUUAUUAAAUAUCGGGCACCCAUCGGCUUGUUACCCGCUUAUAUCCCUAUCAAUUGAUGUCCGUGUAAUUUUAGAGAAUAUAUAUAUUCGAUUUAAACCAACUAAAAUUAUAGAAAUUAAAUCAAUGUGGUGUUUUAACGAGAAUACCUGUACUUACGUUUCAAGAUUUUAUUUUUUAAGAACACGUUAUAUAUUGGACAAUUUUUCACGCAAUAUUUUUAAAAAGCUAAA